AUGGAGUUUGGAACUUCUUCAGUUGCCAACGUGACAGAUCCCUGGAUUUACUCCGGUUUUUUCAUUGGAAAUGACUCCUCAGCAAUUACCACUAUUGCAUCUACCAAGGUCACUGACCUUAUGUUUGACAAGACCAGCAGCGUGGUCAUCACCUUCUUGUAUUUUGUGGUGUGCGCUGUGGGACUGUGUGGAAACACAUUAGUCAUCUAUGUGAUCCUGCGUUAUGCCAAGAUGAAAACUGUCACCAAUAUUUACAUCCUGAACUUAGCCAUCGCAGAUGAACUGUUCAUGCUUGGGUUACCCUUUAUCGCAAUACAGUUGGCCCUAGUCAACUGGCCUUUUGGCCAAGCCCUUUGCCGGGUAGUAAUGACCGUUGAUGGACUGAACCAGUUCACAAGCAUCUUCUGCCUGACGGUGAUGAGCAUUGACAGGUACCUGGCUGUAGUCCACCCCAUCAAGUCCACCAAAUGGAGGAAACCAAGAAUGGCCAAGAUGAUCAAUGGGGCGGUAUGGGCUCUCUCGCUGUUGGUCAACCUGCCCAUCAUAAUCUACAGUAGUGAGAGGAGAAGUCACAAUGGUAACAGCUGCACCAUCAUCUGGCCAGACCCUCCAGAGGCAUAUUAUACAGGGUUCAUGUUCUACACCUUCUUACUGGGAUUCUUCAUUCCCCUGAUGGUCAUCUGCCUUUGCUACCUGCUAAUCAUCAUCAAGGUGAAGUCCUCCGGGAUCCGAGUGGGCUCUUCCAAAAGGAAGAAGUCAGAAAGGAAGGUGACCAGGAUGAUCUCCAUCGUGGUGGCAGUUUUCGUCUUCUGCUGGCUGCCCUUCUAUGUUUUCAACGUCACGUCUGUGACGGGCACUAUUACCACCAGCCCUGCCUUGAAGAGCAUGUUUGACUUUGUGGUGGUCCUGAGCUAUGCCAACAGCUGUGCCAACCCCAUCCUGUAUGCUUUCCUGUCUGAGAACUUCAAGAAGAGCUUUCAGAACGUGCUGUGCCUGAAGAGGGUGGGAGGGCUGGACGAUAUAGACAGGAGCGACAGCAGACAGGACAAGACCAGGAUGAUGAAUGAAGCUACGGAGACCCAAAGCACACUACUUAACGGGGAUCUCCAGACCAGCAUUUGAAACAGAUUUGAAAGAUGUGUUUCAGUCCAAAUCAAGAAGUCUUUACCCCUUCAUCUAUGGAGAUAUCUAUUUCCAUUACCUCCACUCAGUGCCCCUUGCACCAUGGAUGAUCUGUUUCUGAUAUUGUGCUGUACUGACCCAUUUAAAAUCACUUCAACUGAUGCAAACCUGCACAAAUCUGGACAAAACUUGGUGUGAAGGAUACCGUUUUGUUGUUGUUGUUUUGUCUUUGACAGACAAUUACAUAGAUACAGUAAAAUUUUAAGUUAUUGUACAGUAUUUUAACUUAUUUAUAAGAACGUUUAUAAUUUAUUGGCUCAGUUUCCUCAGAUGUAGUACAAACAGACCAAAAAUAAUCAUUCCCAGUCACCUGCUUACUGUAGAUUAAAAAGCCUGUGUGACAGUAUUUGAAAUUUCAAGAUUGGACUUUUUCUGCACUCUUCAGAAAUGUGAAAACAUGACCAUAUUUUUAGAAAGGAUUUAAAACAAAAUGCUGCUCCCAAUAAAAGUUCUCAAAGUACCAACAACGCAAUGCUUUUAAAGCCAUCUUUAGUUAUAGCUUCUUUUCGUGUUUUAUGUUUUUUUGCAAUGACUUAAAUAGGAGUUUGUGCAAGUCAUAAUGAAACAGCAUAAUAGCAGAUUUAUCGACAAACAAUAUGAAUUACAUCACGUAUGCUAGUCGCUACCUUUGGUGUCUCAGAAGUUUGUAUAAUAGAACAUUCCACACACUGUGUGGAAGGUUCUAGAUUACACUCACUGUGUGUAAAGUUCUGGAUUCCACUCACUGUGUUUAAGGUUCUGGA